GUUCCGCUCACACUCCAAUCCAGUCAGCGGCGGUAAUGCACCUACAAGUUGGUUUGCCAACCGCCAAUAAACACCAAGGAAGAAGAAGACCUGCCUGGCGUGCUGUUACGCGACGCACCACCCCAAGCUUCAAGAUUAAUUGCAGAAACCAGUGAAACUUCAACCUACCUUUUCAAUCCAUUUGUUUUGAGGCUACUAUGGCCACAUCUAAAUUAAUGAGAGCCAUUAGGGUGUCUGAGUUUGGAGCCCCUUCCGUUUUAAAACUUUGCACAGACCUGCCUGUGCCAAAUCCUGGCGAGAAACAGGUUCUGAUUCGAGUCCAUGCAUGUGGCAUAAACCCAGUGGAGACAUACAUCCGCUCUGGAUCUUAUGCUCGAAAACCCAGCUUGCCCUAUACUCCAGGAUCAGAUAUUUCUGGUGUGGUUGAAGCUGUUGGGGAUGGUGUUUGCCUCCUACAGACAGGUGACAGAGUCUUCACCACAGGCACAGUGACGGGAGGAUACGCUGAGUUUACUUUGGCUUCAGAGGACACUGUUCACAAGCUUCCUGAUUACCUAGACUACAAACAGGGUGCAGCUAUUGGAGUCCCAUAUUUCACUGCAUACCGGGCUUUAGUUCAAAAAGCUCAUGCCAAAGCAGGAGAGACAGUUCUUAUCCAUGGAGCCAGUGGUGGGGUAGGCAUUGCAGCGUGUCAGAUCGCACGAGCAUUUGGCCUUAAAGUUCUGGGUACAGCAGGGACAUCUGAGGGUAUGCAGCUGGUGUUCAGCAAUGGAGCUCAUCUUGCAUUCAACCACAAAGAAAAAGACUAUUUGGAUAAAAUUAAGAAUGCUACCAGUGGACAAGGCGUGAAUGUGAUUAUUGAGAUGUUGUCCAACGUCAACCUCAGUAAUGAUCUUCAGUUGCUUGACUUUGGUGGCAGAGUUAUUAUUGUUGGCUCUAGAGGCCCUAUUGAAAUCUACCCCAGAGACACCAUGAUGAAAGAGACCAGCAUCAUUGGUGUGGCUUUAUACAAUGCAACUAAUAAGGAAACAUCCGAGUGUGCCACAGCUCUUUUCGCAGGAAUGGAGACAGGCUGGUUGAAACCUGUCAUUGGUCCUGAGUAUACACUUGAUAAAGCAGCCCAGGCUCAUGAAGACAUCAUCAACAGCCCCGGAGCCAGUGGAAAGAUGAUUUUGAUCAUCUGAAAUUAUGCAGGAAAAAAAUUAUGCAGAAAAAAAAUCCAAUCCAAUGCAACAUAACUAAACUGUCAUUGCAUUAAAGGGAGUGUCUUAUUUUGUGUUCACAGAAGAAAGAAAGUCAUACAGGUUUGGAACAAAAAUGAAAAUUCUGCCAUCUAGUCAGCCUAAUAUCAUUCCAACCCUGUAUGAAUUUCUUUCUUUGCUGAACACAAAUGAGCAUAGUUUGAAGAAUGUGGGUAACCAAACAGUUGAUAGUAGCCAAGAAUGGAAAAAAUAAAUACUAUGGAAGUCAAUGGCUACCAACAAUGUUGCUACAUUCAGCUACAUGAUAUUUUCAUGUAUGAAUCACAUAUAUGAAACAGAUCAUAAAGACCUGUUUUGUUAUGAAAUUAAAUAAACAUAAUUAAAUCUUCAA